AUGAAUAGUCACAGUUAAAAUAAUCAGCCAACCAACCAUUAGCAUUUUCUUGGAGCACCAGCAAAUGAAUUCCCUUCAAAUUCGGUUGGUUAAUCCCAAAAAGGACAAUAGCAAAAUAAAGACGAAUAGUCAAGGAUCUCGCAAAACCAGCAUCCAAACAAUCAGGAACAACCACCGAAUCACCUAAAUCAGAGUCAUCAACAGCACGGCAAGCAUGAAGGAGAUCAUUACAAUCCUUUGCAAAUGCCUUGCAAUUGGGACAUAGCCAAGAAGCAUGCUCUAUCAAGGAGGACAACUCGAGAGAAGCAGAAAGAUCCUACCAAGACUCUCAGUGGUAUGCACAUUCCUAUUAAUAGGUAAGUUGACACUUGUCCAUGUUGCGGAUUUGAAGUAGACCGAGAAGAAAUUCCCUUUUGUUCUAAUCCCAUGGCAUUAUCGUUUCUUGGCUCAGGGUUUACUUUGUUCUAUAAUUAUCUGAAAUAUUGUAUUCUGAUCCUCUUCAUCACACUCCUGACAAAACAACUUUACAAUUUAUACACCAAUUAUUCAGGCACAUAUUGUAGUCAGACAAAGAGAGAAAAAAUAGAAGGCCAUGUAGUAGAACUACCAUUUUGCUCUGAUUCCUGGUUUUUAAAGUUGUCAUUGGCCAACAAAUUAGACAAUCGGGAAGCCAUGGAACAUGUACAAAUACUCAACUUCAUCAAUAUCUUCUUAGUCAUGGGGGUCUUACUGUAUUUUAGAAAGAGUCAAAGGUAAAUCGAUACAGACAUCGACGAAGAAUUGCUCACACCAGCAGAUUACACUGUCUGUGUGAAAAACAUACCUACAGGUUUGGAUCUUAAUUAUUAAUGGGAAUUGUAACAUAUGUUUGAAACCUGUGCAGUUGCAGGAGCCAAAAUUAUUGUUAAGAAAGUGGUUCUGGUCUAUGACAUUGAGGAGAUCAUAGAUAUUGAGAAAGAAUUGGAUGUAUUAAUCGAGAGAAAGAAGGAACUAAUCAAAGAACACAAUUACGACUAUCAUCAUCAUAGUGUAGAGGAGAUAGACAAGAAAAUCGAAGAAAAGGAGCAUGAAAUACAUCAUUUGGGAUAAUCAUAUGAAAAGGAGAAUAAGAAGUUUUCUGGGAUUGCCUUCAUUUCUUUCGACAAUGAGGAUAUGAAAAACAGCGUAUUGAAUGAAAACCCAUUUACUUAAUUCGAGAGAAUGAGAUCCUAUUGGAACAAGGGCAAAUUGCCUGGAAUUACAGAAAAAGAUUUGUCUUGGCACAAUUAAAAGUUGUUCAUUGAACAGGCUCCAGAACCAAAUGAAGUUGAUUGGGAAUUCAUACAUGUUAAGACAGAAGAGAAGAUUAGUAAGAGAGUGAAGGCUUGGGUCAUUUACAUAUUGGUUGAAAGUUCAGCAUUUUACUUAAUCUAUUUGAUUGCUCAUAGAGUGGCUAAAUAUGGCGAUGAAGCUAGAGAAGAAGAAAUCCAAGGUAAACUUGAUCAUGAUACAAUGUUAAAGAUCAAUAUCCUCUCUUAUGCUAUUUCCUUAAGUAUCGUCCUCUUCAAUAAAUUCGCAGUUGCAAAGAUCGUUCACUACAUUGUUGAUGAUGAAAAGAUCUCCAGCAAGACCAAAUUCUAAAUAUCUUUUGUCUAUAAAUAUGCUUCAGCCUUGUUUUUAAAUGCAGCCAUAAUCAGUUUCCUAGUAGACAUAGUUAUUUUGAAGAAUGUGGAAGGAGCAGGAGGGUUCUUGCAAAAUGAGAGUCAAAUUUUCAUCCUUAAUGCUCUCUUGCCUCCCUUCAUUUGGUGUCUUGAUCCCUGGAGUCUUUGCAAAAACAUAUGGAGAUGGUACAUUAUCAAGAAGGGAGAAAAGGCUCUGUUGACCUAAUAGGAAGCCAAUAAAUUAAUGGAAGAACCAGACUACCUGUCUGCCAAGAGAUACUCAGAUAUUAUGAAGACAAUGUGGUUCACAUUUCUGUAUGGUACAGCCAUUCCUCUAGGGACUUUGUGCAGUGCUUUUGGCAUUCUGAUUUACUAUUAUGUGGACUAUUACAAUAUCUUGAGGAGAAGAACAGUUAAGGAGUCAAUCAGUAUCCAAUUGUCAACAGAAAUGAUAGAGAUGUUGGAAUACAUCAUCGUUUGGAGUGCCUUCGGGGAGAUGAUCAUGACAUAUGCCUUCUUCAAGGAGAUUAGUUUGAUCGAUGUCACUCUUAUGGUGAUUGCCAUCAUCUAUGCGUCGUUGCCCAUGGAAGACAUCUCUGAGAAGCUGUUCCCAGUGGUCAAUAAUGAACAAUGCAAACCCUAUGAUGAAGGCUGUCAGGGAUUCGACACUGACUACGAUAGGGAGAACCCGAUCACGAGGAACAAGGCGAUUGAGGAGUGGAAUAAGAGGCAACAGGUGCUGUUGAACUCGAACAACAAGAUUUAGAAGUACUAUCAAUAGCAGGAUCAGUAUGGCUAUCACAAUGAUGACCAUUAUGGAAGGAAGUGA